AACAUGGCUCACUUGUUCCUGGCCAGUAAGAUUUCGAUGCCAGACGAUGGAAAGGCCCGGAUGCCCCGUAGCGCCUCAUCUCGGAUCCCCACUUCCUGCUCCAGCGACAAACUGACCAAUCACAGCAAAGUGCGGUCAGGCUCUGUGGUGAUCCGCUCGGUGCCGCACACCACGGCGGAGAUGCGGUUGUCGGCGGCGACAGGAGGCAGUGAGGCAUCGUGCUGGAGGUGUCUGCUGCCGUUCGGCGCCGUGACGCUGGUGGGCGGGGCCAUGCUCACCGCCGUGGGGUUCUGGGCGGGGACACACAGCUCCACCCCCCCUCGUAUGGGCCUCCUUGGGCUCGUCCUACUCGCUAUCGCCGCCCUCAUGUUAGGAACCAGCGCCCUCUGCUGGAGACUGUCACAGCGCAAAAGAAAGAAGAGGGACAAAAGGAGAGAGAGUCAGGCAGCGCUAAUGCAGCAUGCCCACUCUAUAGCAUAA